UCGCCGUGUGAUUGGGCCGGCUGCGUGAGCUUUUCGCGGCCGGUUUGAAAUCUCUUCAUUCUCCAGCAGCCUUUCUAUCGGACGGAAGCAGCGAUCUCCGGGCAGUUACAUCGACAUCUACAGCAAUGGAUGAGUAUGCUAAAAUAGAGAAAAUUGGCGAGGGCACUUAUGGGGUUGUGUAUAAGGGGAGGCACAAAGCAACUGGUCAAGUUGUUGCCAUGAAGAAAAUUAGAUUGGAAAAUGAAGAAGAAGGUGUCCCAAGUACGGCAAUUAGAGAGAUCUCCCUCCUUAAAGAGCUUCAGCAUCCCAACAUUGUGUGCCUUCUAGAUGUUCUAAUGCAAGAUUCAAGGCUAUAUCUUAUCUUUGAGUUUCUUUCCAUGGACUUGAAGAAGUACUUGGAUUCCAUUCCUAGUGGUCAAUACUUGGAUGCAAUGCUUAUAAAGAGUUACGUUUAUCAGAUCCUACAAGGCAUUGUGUUUUGCCAUGCUAGAAGAGUUUUGCACAGAGAUCUGAAGCCACAAAAUCUGUUAAUAGACAGCAAAGGGGUGAUAAAGCUUGCCGACUUUGGGCUGGCCCGAGCAUUUGGCAUCCCUGUUCGAGUUUACACACAUGAGGUGGUAACCUUGUGGUACAGGGCACCAGAAGUUCUCCUGGGCUCUGUGAGAUAUUCCACACCAGUUGAUGUAUGGAGUGUAGGUACCAUAUUUGCAGAGAUUGCCACAAAGAAGCCUAUUUUCCAUGGCGAUUCUGAAAUUGAUCAGCUCUUCAGAAUAUUCAGAGCUUUGGGAACACCCAACAAUGAAGUAUGGCCAGAUGUGGAGUCGCUGCAAGACUACAAGAACACAUUUCCUAAAUGGAAAGGAGGCGGCCUGUCUGCUAGCGUGAAGAACAUUGAUAAAGAAGGGAUUGAUUUGCUUUCUAAAAUGCUUAUCUAUGAUCCUGCAAAAAGAAUUUCUGCCAGGAAAGCCCUGCUACAUCCAUAUUUUGAUGAUUUGGACAAAUCAAGUCUUCCUGCCAAUCAAAUUAAAAGUUAAUUUAAAAUUGUAAUCCAUUUGCUCUGUAGACUCUUAUGGAAUUCUAUGAAUCUCCACUUUUUCUUUUUUUUUUAUGUUUGUCGUAAUGUUUGGUCUCUGUAUUAUCGUGUAACUAAACUUCAGUUAAUGUACUUACCUGUAAACUUCAUACUUUAACACUUGUAAAUAUUGACACAUGCUGUGUAUAAAUGCCACGCAUUACAUUUCCACAAAUUCUUAAAUAAAGAUCUAUAUUCACCAA